UGCGUAUACGCUUUAAUCGUCGCCUCCUGUCUUGGCCUCCGCUUGCGUUUCAUUUUUGUUUUUGCGUCUCAUUGUGGAAAAAUUAAGAUGAAACUAUUUCUCCCAUUGAAUUCCGCUAUCUAAUUAAUCUAUGGCUUCUCUUCAAAUUCUCAAAUCAACUCUCUCUCUUCCUUCCAUCUCUCACCCGAAUUUUGGCUCUCAAUCAACCCGCUUCUUCUCUGACUUUGAUUCCCUACUCCUUCAUGGACGUCGGAGGAGUUUGCGUGUUGCCUGCGUUUGUAGAAGGUUCAGUUUCCGCUGCGCUGCUAAAGAUGCUGAUAAGGAAAGCAAUGGAGAAGAACCUCCAGAAUCAUUAUUCAUGAAGGAAUUGAAGAAGAGAGGCAUAACUCCCACUUCCUUGCUUGAGGAUACUAACAACAGUGACUUUGGACUUGGUGGCGAGAUGACUGGAGAAAACAGAGAUUUCUCCCGUAGAAGUGCUGUUUCAACUGAAGUUAACAAGAGUCUAUCCAAUCAAAGGGAGCGUUCCAUGCAAUUGAACAGUGAAGGCCUUGAGGGGUUGAUCCCUCGUGCUAAACUUUUGCUAACAAUUGGAGGAACGUUCUUCUUAGGAUUCUGGCCGUUGAUCAUCAUAACUGUUUCGUUCUUUUUUGGUUUAUAUUUUUUUUUCGGAUCCUCUUUUAUUCACGAUGGCAAAACGCCGAUAUCUCCUCCACCGUAUGUUGACCCAUAUGCUCUUUUAGAGGACGAGAGAAUUUCACAAAUAGCUCCUCCUGUAAAUUGACUGCUGCACAAUCCUAAUUGGUUGGUUUUCUGCUACUCUGUUUUCCUUUCCCAAUAUUUAUUUCUAUGAUAUGUAAAUGAUUAUUAGCUAGAAUUUUGUGGUCUUGUGCCCUAUUUUAUUUCUUAAAGUCUUUAGUUUUUUUUUUUUCUUUGACUAUAUGUGGGGGUGGGGUAUCGAAUAUCUGAUCUCAAAGUUGAUAGUUGAAGCUGUAAAACCUUCGAUCAUUCACAUGUAUGAGAAGGGGUAAAAGAGGGAAAAGCUGUUGAAGAAAGGAUGUAGGGAUGUGGCAAAUUUGAUUACAAGCCAUGGGGACCUUCGGCAGGGGUUUAUGCACGACUUGGGGGAUGUUCUGUGGAGGUGUGGAGAAUUUGGAGGUUGAGAAAGCGUUUGGGAGGGAGGCACUCUAGAAUCAGUCCUUAUUGUCUUGUUUUGUAAUUGCUCUGUUUUUCUUGUUUUAGAGAUAUGGUAAUAAAUAUUAUUGUCCUUUGGGUUGUUUUUUUUUAUUAUUGAAUAUGAAAGAUCAAGUAGAUAUCCAA